AGUCUAAGUGUCAAAAGGCAUACGCUUGUUUAAAGAUGUUACUUAUUUCUGUGUUUGGAAUUAUACUGUACAGUUAUGACAUUGUAACCGAUAUUCAGAUUGCAUUAAGUUAUAAAGAGCGAAAUGACAAGAAGCUGUUUAUUUACACAAUUUUGGUUCUUGUCUGCCCAGCAUGCUUCAUAAUGAUAAUGGACAUCGGAUGGCUCAUCAUAGAUUACAAGAGGGCAAGGAAAACAGAAACACGUACUGUAAAAACUAAUCGCGCGACUGAAAGUGAUGAUGCUACUCGAAACGAAGAUUGGUCUGAAAAUCAAACUAGCGAAGAGACGAACAUAAUUUGGCCAGAAAACCCUGAUAAAUAUAAUCUUGUCCUUAGGAUCGUAGUAACAGUGAUGACAGUAGGUGCAGGAGGCAGUGUUUGCAGAACAAUCCAGUACACGUAUUACUUCGUCAAGUCAGAGCUAGCUUGUACCAUUGACCGCCACGAUGAAUUCAAGAAGAGAGCUCGACGUAUGGAAAUAGAUUGUUUAAUGAUGAAUUUUAUGGAAGCUUUUCUCGAAUCAGCACCCCAAUUUGCAUUGCAACUCUACAUUACGUAUGCAUUUGACAGGAAUUUCACAACUUUACGAGUUCUUAACCUUGUAACAUCUGCAUUGAGCAUUACCUGGAGCUAUUCUGCAUACUAUCGCUGCAAUGGGGCGAACGUCAACAACAAAGAGGAUGUUAAAUUGAUACCAUUCUUGAUCUACAUUCUUUCUGUCGUCAGCUGUAUUGUACCACGGUUUAUCAGCUUUGUAUUAUUUGCUGUUUAUUUUGAAACAGCUGGGAAAAUAACUGUAUUGGGAGUAUUUGGCAUCCAUGUUUUUGUUGGCUUUUUAGUGAUUGCUGCUAAAGUGAAACCCAAGCUUAACGGUACGGUUGAAUAUCUCGUGUUCCGAUGGUUGUUUUACGCUUUCUUUGCUUACGUGACUUUCUUCCUUUUCCUGAAUUUGGAACACCAUCGAAUUUCUGAAACAAGCAAUGAUGAAGAAGCAAACAAUAUAAGAAAUUGGUUUGAAGAAAAAAAGACAAAGAGAAUGAUGAUUCUGCUCUACGCUUUUAUCCAUUUAGAAAAUUUGAUUCUAGCUUCACUACUGGUAUCAUGUAGACUCGAUUUGAUGGCCGAUGGUUUCUUCGUUCUUAUUGUUGUUCUCAUAGGUGCAGUUGUCCAACUGAUUUGUGUAUCGUCAUAUUAUUACUUUUUUCAUAAAACUCGUACUAGCCAGAAUGCUGGGUGAUUGAAAAAAGGUCUUGCCCAUUCAACUGUUUAAAAACCUGUUUUAAGGAGUAAAUGAGGACAUAUCUUAGCAGAUGUUCUGAUCAUUUGUGUUUUCAUGUCUUUUGUGACAUUUGAUUAUGAUUUGUCUAUAUUUUUAGUCGUUGUUUUAUCAGGUUUUAUAUUUUUAUGGUUUAUCCCACCUGCUUGUUGGAUUUAUUAUUUAAUUAUUGGUUAUGUAAAAUGAAACAGUCGCUUGUUUUACGAUUGAUUCGUCGCUGAACGAUUAAUUGAUCAGUAAUAGGAUUGUGUUCACUUUCAAUAAUUGAACAGUACUGCCAAAUGUUUUUCGAAUAAUAGUUAUUUGCUAUGUUAGUUCCGGAGUUAUCUUUACAUUUGCGAGUGGGACAUUUUAUUGAAUGAUGAGCAUACACCACUAAUAAAUUUCGGUGUGAUAAAUAAAAAUCAGAAUAAUUGUGUUUAAGGUAAACUGGGUAAAAUGUAAUUGUUAACUAAACAUAUUGUACAUGUUUUUAGAUAUUGGCUUGAAAUAGUGAAAAUACAAUCUAUUAAAUAUGUAAGAAGUAUGUAUUGUAAAAUAUAAUAUGAUAUGAUAGCCACACUGUCUUAGCAAUGUUAAUAUAUUUUUAUGAUUUUACGCAGAGAGUAUAUAUUUAAACAAACUGGAGCUCAGAAUUAGCAGGCUCUUUUAGAGUGAGUGUCAUGUGUUUAUAUCAAAGUCUUACUAGUUUGGCUUACAAUGUUGAAAUUGUUUUAUUUUAAAAUAUUAUAUCUUUUAUAUUUUUGUGCUAAGUUCUCACACUAUUACAGCAUGUGGUCGCAAAAUUUCUUGGCUGUAAGAGUCUUUUAGCAAACUGUGCUACUGUUACACGUUUCGUUUAAAUGCAUGGCAUUUAUCUUUUUAAUAAUAUGCUUUGUGUUGACAUAUUUAUCUGUCCCAUCACAUGUCAAGUUCAAUCUCACUUCAGCCAUGUUAAGGACAUUGGUCAUUUCAAGGUCAAUAUAUGAACCCCCAUGAAGAAUGUAUUUUCCUGAAUUCCAAUUUAAUUUAUGUUAAGUAUGAGUCAGCGUAGACUGAAUUGUAAACUUUAUGUUCCCCCAUUCAACACAAAAUUUAAGAAUAUAGUUUAUAUAUACAUUUUGAAACCAUCAUAUCCACGGUUUCAUACCAUUACAAUCGUGCCAAUUAAAGAUUGUCGCAAGUUUAUUAUUGCUGUACGACUCGUAUGGCAGAUCGUGCUAGUGUUACACUCAAAUAAUAUAUUGAUCUAAAUGCAUAGCUUUCAUAUAUUUCACGCUGUACAUCAUAUUGACAUACUCAUCUAAUCACAUUAAGAUAAAGGUCAGUUCAAGGUCACAAUACGUUGCAGUAAAGUUAUUGAUAAUUUACUGUCAUUAAACAUUUGUUCAGUUAUUUUUAAGUAAAAUGUAUUAAAGAUGUUAUGGAAGCAACAAGCUGUCGUACCAGUUAAUUUAACUCAACGUGGUCACCAAGCAUUGCUGUUUCCAAGAGAAAUGGAUAAUGGACAUAACAAAACAUGAAAAUAAUUUGUAUAGGAUAUUAGACACAAUUUUCUCAACAACGAGGACUUUGAGCCCUGGCUAUACCUUAACGGUGUUUAUAUUGUCAAACAUAGAAUUGCUUUGUCGAGAAUAAGAGUAUCUGCACACAGAUUACACUAAGAGGCAAGCAGAUGGCAUAAGCCAAUAGCUAUUCAAUAUACAUGAAAAAAAACAUCAUUUGUGUGAUUUGAUAAAAUAUUACCAUUUUGUUCUUGAAAAUAAAAGUUAUACUGCUAUUUGAAUAAAAACAACAUGCAUAGAUAAGAUUUAUUAUGUACGACCAAAUGUGAUAGUGUUAGGAUAAGUAUGUAAAUGCAAAUAGAAAACUAUCGAUGAAUGUAUCAAGAAUACCAGGUAUAAGUAAAGAAAAAUAAUAUUAUAAUAAUUUCGGAAAAAUAUAUAUACUUUAAUUAUACACUCUUCACGCUAUAUUUGAUGUAUUGUUUUGGAUUAUAAAUUUGUAAUUGUUAAAAUGUGUUCUUAUUUUACUAAAUAUAUGAAUGACCAUCGACUAAGAAAUAUCACAUUAGAUGUUUUACCUCCUGUGUAAGCAUAGACAUAUUGCCUAAUGCAUGUGCAAUUAAGUGGUGCAUUUUUAUCUUCUUACUAUUGUUAACUUAUAUAUGUAUAUUUACAUUAUUCCACCAA